ACAACCAUGUCGGAAUCAGCAGAAGCAUUCAAGGGCCUAGUGCCUCAUUGGACGACGGAACAAGAGAAUCCUCGGUUCGCCUAUGUUCAAUAUAGACAGACUUUGACUACCUGUGCAACGCGGUAGGAUAAACCAGACCUGACACGCUCUGUCGAGGGCCUCACGGGCUGAAUAGCUCUAGAUGAUGAACUUUGUGCGCCUCGAUCGGUUCGCUACACAUUUUGAUCGGGUCUUGAUCCACCCCGAGGACUGGAAUGAGCCCGGGACAAGCCCCGAGAAAACCGCCUUGCGCAAUAUCCGGAACAAAUACCCCCAUGUUCAACUACACCCAGUCGAGAUACUCUCGACCUCGAGCGGCGAUCCAACAUGGCAUAAAAGCCUAACCAAGUUCCAUGCCUUUGCUCUGACAAACUACACCCGCGUCUUGGUGUUUGACUCUGACUCGAUGGUCCUGAAUAACAUGGACCACCUAUUCCUCUCGACUCUCGCACCCGUAGCAGUCCCGCGAGCCUAUUGGCUCAACGACGCAGACACCAGUAUAAAAGACCAAAUGCUAGGGUCACACGUGAUGCUCAUUGAGCCAAACCAGGGCAACUUUCACCGGAUAAUCAACGAAGCCAAGUCCUCAGGCGCAUUUGACAUGGAGGUUCUCAACCACCUCUUUCGUGACUCGGCGAUGAUCCUCCCACACCGGCGUUAUGCACUACUAACCGGCGAAUUUCGGACUAAAGAUCACAGUCGGUAUCUCUCUGAGGAUAAGGAUGCGGAAUGGAACGGAAUGGCCGAGGCUUCGAGGGCUUAUUUGGUGCACUUUAGUGACUGGCCGUUGCCGAAGCCUUGGUUGCCGCAUUCUGAGCAGCAGUGGCAAGAGGUCUUGCCCGAGUGUCCGGAGGACGACGUCCCGACCGAGGAUCGGCCACGGUGCGCGGAUAGGUUCAUGUGGACGGGGUUCUAUGAGGACUAUCAUGCGGCUCAGAAGGCUGUUUGUAUGCCGCUGACGAAGUGAUGAAUGCUAACCGGAAGGCGCUUCCGGUGGUGACCUUGGUAAUUCUUCUUCGUCGGCCAC